UUUUAUAAUCGCCGUACACGUGUGAAGCUUAAUUAAAAUAAGUAUAUUUUUUAAUUUAAAAAGAGAUGAAUAUGUGAGACAUGUUUAAGAUUUUAAUGGAUAAGUUGGAAAUGCAUUUGCUAGUCGACAAUGUGAGCCAAUAUCGCCGAAGAUUUCAUCAUUUUUGACGCCAUAAAUGCGUGACCAGACAAAGUGAUAAGUGAGCAUGAGGGCUCCUCCGAGAAAGGCGCGAUCGCGCUUGGCAGAGGAACUCUACACAUACUGUGCUUUCUGGAUCGUGCUGUCUGCGCUGCCGGCCUUGGCUUUAUCUUAUAUCGUUGUUCGAGUUAGCAAACACUUAUGGCUGAAACUGCUAUCAAGCCGCUACCCUGGAUUGGAGUUUAUACGUACAGACACAGUGAGGUCACUACUCGACACUCAUCGCAAUCAGGGGAUUAUCAACGUACUCCUAUGUGUCAAAGAAGUGCCCAACGUGGAAGAAAUCCGUCGCCACGUGACCGAGCACCUGAUGGACCGUCGCGACGCGGACGGCGAGCUGAUGUUCCCCCGGCUGCGGCACCAGCUGGUCUCCUGCUGGGGCAACUACGCCUGGGACGAGUAUGUCGUGUUCAGGCCAGAUAACCACUUCAUUGUGGCCAGCGGAGUGUAUAGGGGCAGGCCGGUCACGGAUAAUAAUAUACAGGAUUUCGUAAGCGAGACAGUAUCGAAAUACUUUCCGAGUGAGCAAUCGCCUUGGCAGUACAUAAUCAUACCGUGCAUGUCUCCGGAGCCCAAAUACUACAUACUGAUAAGAGUUCACCACUUACUUCUUACCGGGCGAAGAUCCCUCAACAUUGGCGACCUAUUGCUUCUAGAGCAGUCAGCGAAUCAACGCAUACAGACGGAGUACUCGCAAGCGAGCCCAUUGACAAAACUCUUCCCUAAUCCAUCCGCUAUUCCCGAAUUAUGGGAAAAACUUAAUGAGAAUCUUUCAAAUACAUGGAAUGAAUUUGUGUCAGAAUAUGAUCCCGUGGAAAGCCCCCGAGCGCUUAAAACUUUACCUGGAGUAUUUCAUGUCGCUGGAUUGGUCCUUAUUUCAAGCGUCAGUGCGUUAAGAGAACUUAAUAAAAGAAGAUCUAUUGGAAGAGAGAGGACAGUUCCACCGAUCACUGCCACUACCCUUCUAGCUGCUAUUCAGAGGGAAUGCAAAAGAAGAAAUUUGACGAUACCCAAGGUCUUAAUAUCGCCUCUAGUAACAGUUGAUCCUAGAAAGUGGCCUCAAAGACUGUUCAGUAGCGCUGUAACUACCACAAAAGAGUUUUUGAGACUUCCAGUAAGAUUGAAAGACGAAUUAGUAGCUCUCAAUGAGAUCCGAUGUACGGGGCAGACGCGGCAGGCCCAUACAUUGGCGUGGAAGUAUGGAGAACUCGGGCAGUUGUGUGCGAGAGCCACUGUGGAGGCAUGGAGGGGAGUGGUGGAGACGUACAGAGCACCUGCCAAGUUGUGGGAAGACACGAUUGGUGCAGACGACGGACAGAGACAUUUGCUGCAAACUGUAUCGCUUUGCGGGCGAAAGGUGGCAGCAUGGUCGCGUCCCGUGCCGCGCGCGGGCAUCGAGCGUGCGGCACGUGCCCUGGGCGUGUCAUCUACAGAUGUGGCUCUAUUCGCGGCCACGGAUGGGAUUCGCGCCUUUUUCGAACAAGCUCACGCUGAACCACCGGAAACUGUACUGACCACGGCCAGAGCAGCGUCCGAAGAUUUCUUGUUCACUUUCGCCGAGGGCCACGGGAAGAGAAUUAAAAAGUCCCAGACCGGAGGUAUGAUCUGCCUGUCGCUGCCGGUGGGCGCGACGCCGCGACGCAUCGCGGCGGUGGUGGAGCGCGCGUGCGGCCGCCAGCGCGCGCUGGCGGGCGCGUGGGCCGCGCAGGCGCGCUGCGGGGCCCUGACCCGCGCCGUGCCUUCGCCUUUCGCUAAAUUAACGCUCAACAUGCUCUCGAGGCGUUUUGCAGUAUCGUAUGCCGAGAUAGAUGCGCCGUUGGGUUCAAGGGAGAGAAAGACGCUAUGGGGACAGGCCGUGGACUGCGUGGUAUACUGGCGCCCGCCGCAAGCAAAUAUUAGUAUGUCGCUAACAGUAAUCCAGUACGCAGACACGGUGCGAUUGGCCGUGAUGACGGACGCGCGGCUGUCGCCCGCGCACACCGUGCCGGCCACAAGAUGGCCGCUCGCCAUUGAGCAGCUCAUAGCCAAGGUCGACCAGGAGAUCGCGAGGAUCGCCGCGCAGGCCAACCCUAAUAUCAAUAUCCCGCAGAUAAUUACGCCCCAAGAACAGCCGCCAAGAGAAGAAACGCAAGAAAGAGAAGAAGAUACUCAAUCCUCCCACUCUCUCCGCCCCCCUCCCCCCACCAUGUCUAGUCCACCGCCAUUCAGAAGGCGCGUCACUCAUCACUAGAGCUAAUUGAUAUAGGUUAAUGGUUUUAGAUUUAAAUGAUCACAAGUAUAGAACAUUUAUGCGGAACGAACUCAAAGGGGAUCGAGAUGGCGAGAUGAUAAUUUAAUUUUGGUAACUUUGGUCAUAUUUUUGCCAGCAUUGCCAUUAUCAACAUUAAGUGUUUUACAGAUAUAUUUAAUAGUGUGUGGUCCUUGAAAUAGUUACCGAAAAUGUCAUCUAGCCCUGGACUAUCGGUGUCUAUUCCGACCAUUGGGUGCUCAGCGUUCUGCCAAUGCUAUUAUAUCCACGCCAGAGCGCGUAGGAAUUCGCGUCAAUAAUGCGAAUGCUAUUAUAUCCACGCCAGAGAGCGUAGGAAUUCCCGUCAAUUAUGCGUCUAGAAAUUUUAGGUAGCUUUUUGAAACUACAAUCGACAUUAGUUUUGUUAUGAAAAAGUAGUUAAUAAGGAAUACUUCAUGGAGAUGUAAGCUCGUAAGAUUUUAUUUGAUGUUAUUUAACCAAAGAUGAGAUUUAGUAAUUAAUGUAAUGUGCGGUUACAGGCUUAAAAUACUGUGUUAACAAUCAAUGUUGACACAAUAUUUAAUCUUGUUUCGUUAUUCUUUUUAUAAAUCCCUAGGAAAAAAUAUUAAUCAUUCUUAGCAAUAUGUCUUAGAAUAAAAGAUCGAAUAUAAUUCUUAAGAAUAUUAGUGUGACGUGUGAUGAAAGAAUGUGCCUAUUAUUUAGUGUUAUUCAAUAUUUAAAAUAUUUUUUCAUAUGUUUUUUUAUAGUUAAUUAUCCGAAUGAACAGAUGCUAUUUCACGUAUAAGAAAUGUAAUUUUCCAUGGACCAACACUUAACUUUUCUACGAAUAAUAACGAAACGAUGGUCUAACUAACUUUUUGAACUAUUCUGAGAUGGUGUGGGACUUUUUGGUCUCAUGUAUUAGUACCACUUAUCCCAUGGAAUUACUGGAACAAAAUAGUCUCAGUUGUCCCAUUAAAGGACAACUUGAGCCUCAGCCUCACUAGGCAAUCAAUAAAAAAAAUAUAUAAUAAAAAUCCUUCUAUACAACUGUUUAGACGGUUUUUUUCUAGACUGAUAAUAUAUAAUUAAAUUUGGGUAUAGGCAUCUCCAUACACAAUAUAAAAGCUUUAUAUUGUAAGUUACAUAUGCGUCAAAAUAAAAGUCAUAAUUGAUAUCAAACCUUUAUUAGUACACUGUACUAUUUC